AUGGCCGCCCUCGCCACCGGCAGCGUGCCAGGCUGGCGCGGCGGGACCGUGGCCCCGGACACGGAGAUCCAGCGGAAGAUGGAGCGGGAGCUGCGGCUGCGGGAGGGGGCCUGCAAGCUGCUGGCCGCCUGCAGCCGGCGGGAGCAGGCGCUGGAGGCCGCCAAGAGCCUCCUGGUCUGCAACAGCCGCGUCCUGGCUUACAUGGCCGAGCUGCAGCGCAGGAAGGAGGCGUGGGCCCGCCGGGGCCCCCCAUUCCCCUCUUCCACCCGCCUCCACAGCCCCUCGGAUGCCGGCCCCACGGACGAGCGCCUGCCCUGCCGGGGAACUGUCUGUAUCUCAGACCUGCGCAUCCCGCUGAUGUGGAAGGACACGGAGUACUUUAGGAACAAGGGAGAGCUGCACCGCUGCGCCGUCUUCUGCCUGCUGCAGCUGGGAGCGGAGAUCCACGACACCCCCAUGGUGCUGGUGGACCGGACCCUCACUGACAUCUGCUUCGAGAGUGCCGUCCUCUUCUCGGAGGCUGGUCCCGACUUCGAGUUGAAGGUGGAGCUGUACAGCGCGGGGCUGGAGGGGGGGUCGACACAGGGCAGCACCCCCAGGAAGCUGGCCACCCGCCUCAGCACCUCCCUGGGACGCUCCUCCGGCAAACGGGUGCGCGCCGCCAUGGACGGGGCUCCCGGCAGCCCCCCGGGUAACGGGGGCACCAGCCCCCUCCUCCUGCCAGCCCCCAAUGUGCCGGGCCCCAAGUUCCACCUGCUGGCACAUGCCGUCCUCUCCUUGGCUGAGGUGCAGGAUGGCUUCCGCACCCACGACCUCGCCAUCACCAGCAACGAGGAGAGCUCCUUCUGGCUGCCCCUCUAUGGCAGCAUGUGCUGCCGCCUGGCUGCCCAGCCCCGCUGCAUGGCCGCCCCGGUGACGAGUGGCUUCCUCCGGCUGCAGCAGCCGGGGGCUGAGGCACAGAGCGGGACCCGUCUGUACUGCGUCCUGCGCGGCACCGACCUCCUCUGCUACCGCGACCCCAGCGAGGCCGAGGCCGGGCUGGAGCCGGCCCUCACCAUCGCCGUCAACAAGGAGACCCGCAUCCGCGCGGCAGAGCGGGAGGGGCGCGGGCAGCCCCACGGCAUGGCCGUCACCAACCGGUACGGUGGCGAGGAGGUGACCCACACGCUGCUGGCCGAGAGCCGGGCUGAGGCGCAGCGAUGGAUGGAGGCCUUCUGGCAGCACUUCUACGACAUGAGCCAGUGGAAGCAGUGCUGUGAUGAGCUGAUGAGGAUCGAGGUGCCACCGCCGCGCCGGCCGGCCGCCAUGCUGCCCCGGCAGGGCUCUCUCUACCACGAGAUGGCCCUGCCUGGCCCGGCCGUGGCCCCCUCCGCCUGCGAAGGGCUCCUGCUGCAGGAUAACGCCGUCUCAGAGGAGAUCCGGGCUCUGCUCUCCUCCUAUUACAGUGACAGCUAUUGAUCCAGCCGACGACAUCGAGGCGGUGACAGACAUCCUGACACAGCGGGCAGGGGGCCGGGUGCCGGGGACCCCCCCGUGGCUCUCCCUCUUUGAGGGGCCCCCCAUGCACACCCCCCGCUCCGGCCGGG